UAAAGAUGCAUUCCCGUAGUCGGUCGGUCGGUGUAGGUUUGGCGUUUAUGCGACGCACGAGGAAGGGGAGGUUCGAUGGAGUGAAUCCACAGCGAUGCGCCACGGCCUUGGAUCGACGUGGUACAAUCGUCCUGCUCUGGAGUUGCACAAGGCAGGUGUGGUAAGAACGAUUCAGCGACGUCUCGCAGUAUUAGCAAAAAAGGAAUUCAGGCACUUCAAAGGAGAUAAAAGGCAUGAAGUCCGAUAUGAAGAUGUAGCAGCAUUUCGGGAUCCUUUGUUUCUGGCUCGGCAACGAGAAUGGCCCUUUACUUGCUUGGGUAAAGUAUUUGGUACUAGGGCCAAGGCUCAGCACUUGCAGCUGAAGAAACCGCCAGCAAGACGAACUCCAUUGGUUCGUGGGAAGCUGACGAACAGGACCAUCCUUGCCCACUGUAAAGACCCCGGCCGCGCCCCUGAGACGAAACCCAACCUGAAGCCGCCAACUGACAGGCGGCCUCGUCACGUAACAAAAAAGAUCAGUUGGCCCAUAAGCCCCAAUUUCUAGGUCAAUUUCUAGGUCGUGGAGUCCCCAGACCCGGCCGUGUUUCGU